AUGGCAGACAAAGUGGCUCCAAGUGCUGGCUACCCGCCGCCGGGAUAUCCACCUCCCCCAGAUGGGUAUGCCUUUGGCUAUCCGGCCCCGGCAGCUUAUGGGCCUCCACCAGGUUAUCCGCCACCGGAAGCUUAUAGUUAUCCGCCAGCCUACGGCGCUCCGCCGCCAGGUUAUGGUGCGCCACCGCCUUACGGCUAUGGCCCACCGCCACCUAGUUAUGGACCGCCUCCUGACAGCUAUGGUUACGGGCCCCCGCCAAGCUAUGGGGCGCCUCCCAGUUAUGGGCCCCCAGGCUAUGGCUCACCCUAUGGCGCCUCAGCUUCUUCCUCAGGAUCUGCGCCCGGCUAUGGAGCGUUGGAGAAGACCUCCUCGACCUCCAGUGUCUUGAUCUCAGUGUGA